AUGUUUUUAUCUUGUCGAAGACUGCCAUCAAAUGAAAAGAACGAAGUACGUGGUUUCGUUAUGAUCGCUAGUUGUCCGUUGUCCUGGAAUGGUACUGAAACUGCGCGGGCGUGUAUGUCUACUAAUUAUUCGUCUGAUCUUCUUUUCGCUUUGCCAGUGGUAGACAUAAUGACGAAUGUGACGUAUGCCAACAUCUACUGCGCCAUGUGUCAUAACAAGACUUACGACAUUUUCUUUUGGAGUCUCUUUAUCGUAAAUAAACAAAGUAGUUUACCAUCUUUGCAAGAGUUCAAACCUGAUUCAACAAUCUGGGAAGCCAGGCCAGUCGGAGAUGUAAAAAAAUGUAUCGCAACGCCAGCAGAAACCUUCAGAAGACAUGAAACCGAGGAGAGACACCUUUGCAAUUUAUACGCCAAUAGUAUUUCCGUACAUAGGCCAAAACAACCGCCAAAACUCUUUAAAAAUGCACACUGUGCAAUUCUAGAAAAGUUCAAUUUAUCUGAUGGGACAUUAAACUGCGGAAUUAAUCUCCAUGGGCGUUUUCCUCCGACACUGAAGUCGGCGUUGUUCGUCUUUUCCACUAACGCAAAACCAGAGGCUGUAUGGAAAAAGGGAAACAAUGUUUUCUUCGUUAACUACAGUUGUCAGAUAGGAGAAUUUUAUGAUCCUUUUAAACGAAAAUGUCUUCCAGUCCACUACGAUACCAACUUAACAAAAACAACAAAACACAAAGAGUGUUAUGGUCCUCGGUUUCGACCAGCCGAGUUCACUGUUUUGAAUAACAAUUCUGUUUUUAUUUUUUCUUACAAAAAGAUUUACGACAACGACAGCUACAUUUUGGCAAACAGGUCUUUAGCCCUUUGCUUAAACAUUUCACGUCUCUACAUGUUCACUAAACCUCCAAAAACAACAAUACACAUCAAGAACAACAAAAAACAAGCAGACAACAAUAAGCCUCAAGAUGAAGGAUUCGCGCUUCGUAUCAUCACUUAUGUGGGUUUUUCGCUGUCAUUUAUCUCUCUUCUGUUUUUGUUACUGACGUAUUUCAUGUUUGCAGAGCUGCGGACCUAUCCCAGUAAAAUGGUGAUGCAUCUUUCUGUGGCAAUGAUAGCCAUGAAAUCCGUUUACUUUGCUGCAGACCCAGAUGUUGUCUCUUCUACAGUUUGUGCUGUGAUGGGUUCCCUGUUGCAUUACUUUAUCUUGGUAGUAUUUCUGUGGAUGAGCGUUAUCGCCCACAACGUUCAGCAAACGUUUUCAAACUUGAGUGAGUACGACUUCAUGUGUACAUGUUUAAUUAAAUCAAUUUAAUACCCACUGGGGCUCUUUUUUAGACCAAAAACUGAAUUUUUUAAAGGGAAAUGAACAAAAACCAAUCGUUAUUCAAUACAGUACAUUGUGAUUCACGAGUAUAAUUAACAUCUUUUAACGUCUUGAAAAUUGUUAAGUGAAGAUGUCAGAUAAUUGGAAUGAAAAAAAAUUUAAAAUUUACGAAGUCCGUAUAUUUAUUCCCUUGCAAAAUUCCCGGUUACAGUUGUCAUUGCAAGAAUCACUUGUGGAUGAGUUUAUGGUCAGAGAGGAAAAAAAGUGGGGAUUAUGCAUCUCGAGGGCAGGAUCAUUUUAGGGUUGAUUUGGCGAUCAUCCCAGGUCUUGGGAUCAUUUUGGGGCCGGGAUCAUUUCAGGGCAAUUCCAAUAAUUCAGCACUCAGGACUACACACUACCAACUCUGCGAUAUGACCAGUACCUUACACAUGCGCACAGCCAUGUCACUGCUGAUGAGUCCUAGUGAGGACGAAGCCGCUGUCCGUGGCUGUCACUGCCCGGGUGCGUAUAAGUAAGGUACUGGCCAUACUGCGGAGUUGGUAGUGUGUGUUUAAUUUUAGUACUGAAAUUGGUAGUACAGAACCUCAGUAACGGCGCAAACGAGUGUGUGAGGAAAUGCACGUCUUACUAGGGAGCAUGAAAUCCAUGUUACUUAAGUUUUCCUUCCUAAUUUUAUUUCAUAAAGCUUUGGACAACCGAAACCCUUUGGUGAUAGCUGGAAAGAGGAGGGCAUACAUCCGUUACAGCAUAUUCUGUUGGGUGAUGCCAGUCAUUGUCGUUACAGUAUGUGUGCUUCUGCAGCUGACAACUACUGGGAAUGCUACAUACGGUGAAAAUAACUUUUUGUCAUCUCUCUUAACCAAUUUAAUUUGGUCGUUCAUGACUUCAUUGAAAUCUCCACGAGAUAGGGAAUAAAUCUGAAAAAUGCACAAACACAUUUUUUAGCCUCUGUUGGGAGGACUGUAAUACCUAGGGGGAAUUUGAAACAUUACUUAUACAAACUAUUGGGGGGAAAACAUCGGUUUAUUAUGGGCAAUGAGAAAGUGGUGAAUGCUUGCGAAAUAUUUGUACAAGCAAGAAGGCUAAAAGUUUAUCAUUAAAGGCAGUUGGCAAGAGGAUAUGAUGGUUUUGAAUAAUUCGUUUGGGUUUUGGUCAAGUUCCUGUUCUGUGGAGCACAAAUUUCCAACUAUCCAACUCUCUUCUAGCAUGCACUAGACAGUUUUAUAAACUUUUCCUUGUGUGCAGCAUGCGCUGUGUCGUUUGCCCAUCACUUUCAAAACUAACGAACCAGGUGUUACAAGCGCCAAAUACACAAACAUCUGACAGGGUCUGGCGUGCCAAUGCAACCAUAAAGGGGAAAGUGCCUUGCGUAAUGCGACUGACGGUCCUUUUGGAAAGGUCACUUUGUUCUUCAGAAGCUGUUGAUUUAUUUUAAUGACUUUAAUUAGCGUCAUAAUAAAGGUGACGACGUGAUUUAACCUGUACAAGGAAGCUGCAUCACCUGGACGAUCGGUAAUAGUUGAGGAAAUCAAUAUUAAGAAAGUAAUUUUUAAUCCUGCAGGAAACGAAGAUGGCUGUCAACUGUCUCUUCCUGCUCGAACCUACGCAAUUACGAUUCCCGUUUCGGCCUCAAUUCUUUUCAACAUCGUUGCUCUGAUCCGCACUGCCAUUGCUUUGAAACAGGGAGGACAGGUAACCAAUUUACGAGUUCAUAUUAAGUAACAUUCAUUGAUGAACCUUUAAUGUCGAGAUGCCACAGCCAUUUAAUGAUUGGACGAAACUGAAAAAACUCUGAUGAAAAUUGAAGGGCAUUUGCAUGGAAGUGAGACUCACCAAUAGAGCAGCGGUUCCCUAACAUCUCAAUGCCCUGAAGGGUACCUACAAACAUCCACCCCGCUUGAUUAUAAGUAUCUCUUAAUUCUCAGAGCCUAACACAAUUUGCAUCGAAACCUUUUUGUCUUUUCUCACUUCAGUGCAUUUGCUCAACAAUUCAUUUAGUUGUUGGUACAUGAAUGUGAUCAAAAGCCAAUAUUUAAUUUAUAUUGGUCAUGUUUGCCGUUGUCCAAACACUACGCUGGCAAAGAAGACACUGUUUGCGAAGUCGAAGCGUCAAUACCAACGGGACCCUUGGAUAAAUAUAGCUAAACUAAUUAAUGUCUCUAUUGAGCAAGCAAAGAGGUCUACGCAAGAUUAGAGUGGCUUCGCUGCAUUGUUUGACCGCCAAUGCAAGUCCGUGGUAACAUGAUUACUGAUUGGAGGAUUAAACUGUACUGUACUGUACUGUACAGGUGCAGUUAUUAAAUAUAUGUUCCUAAUUACUAAAUGAAGCUCGCAACCUGAGACCGUUGUUGAAUUGAUGUUACUGACCAGAAGAGCUUUUUGCAGCAAAGUCCGCACGAGCUGAGUCGAAGUUCCUUCCGACAGCAAUAGAGAGAUUAAGAUUUACGUUUACGGCAUACGGCAAACGGCAAACGUCAGUUGAGAAUUUCUCAGAAUAGAAAAUAAGCAGAUAAAAACAGUCCAGAACGAUUCUUGUGGACAAAACUGGCAUAAAACUACUUAUUUUUGUGUAGAAACAAUAAACAGUAAACGAAAAAUAAGGAGAAAACUUUGUCACGUGGUACAAAUUCACGUUUGCCGUUUGGCGUAAACGUGAAUCUUAAUCUCUCUAAUAAUUUAUUUUUCCUUUGAAUUUUAAGACAUUCCUCAAUGGCUUGUUGCCACAGUAUUCAACAAUGUCCUUACGUUUUAUAAAAUCUGACAUUACGCUGAUCGGUUAUAGGGCAAUGAGGUGACAGCAAAUCAGAAAAAUCUUCCUUUGAUUGUUCUGAAAUUAACAGCUGUUGUGGGAGUCACGUGGAUCUUGGGAUUUGUCCUGGCUUUCUAUCCAACCCCAUAUUUGGAAUAUCCGUUUGUAAUAAUCAACAGCUCUCAAGGUUAGUGACUCAAAUGUUUGUGAGUGAAGGGAUGACUGACGAAAUUGCAUUUGCCAAGUUACAACGCAAUUAGAUGGAAAUAUGAGUCAGUUCGCAAACUAAGGCCGGGCCACCAAUCAGGGUCUUAAAUAACGGUGCGAUCAUGUUUACUAUGAUUAGGAUAUAGGGGAGGAAGGGUGGUUCAGUGGUGAGAGCACUCGCCUCCCACCAUGCAAUGUGGCCCGGGUUCAAGUCCCGGCGUCGACGCCAUAUUGGGUCGAGUUUGUUGUUGGUUCUCUCCAUUACUCCGAGAGAUUUUCUCCACUAGGUACUCCUUUUUUCCCCCCUCCUCAAAAACCAACAGUUCCAAAUUCCAAUUCGACCAGGAAUCAGGUAGACGAUGAACCACCAAGUGGACGCACUACCUCUAAAUCAUUAUUAUUUAUGUAUUUAAUUUUAUUUUAGUCUCAGUUCGGGUGAAAGCAACCUCAGGCUGAUUUAGCAACAGAACGGGAACGUCAUUUGACGACUGGAAAGCUCGCGGAAAGGACUAAAUGCGACAUCCAGUGCCUAAUUUGCCGCUCUGCCAUUGGUUAAGCCAGUUGUUUGAUUUGCGCGCGCCGUCGUCAACUGACAUUCCCGUUCUGUUGCUAAAUCAGCCUAUUGAGGGUGUUGGUACGCCUCUGGUCUUGUCUUUCUUAUCCUCCUCUAUGUAUCGGAGGAGGGUAUGAAAAAACGAACAAACAAUAAGGGGGCGUAGUCCUUGGUUGUACAAUCUACCUUUCAUAGGCUGAAUGGAUUUAAGGGACCAAUACACACUAAUACUGGUGUCUGUGUCUGACGCAGGUUUAAUUGUUUUCAUUCAGGUUUGCUGAUCUGCAUGUCAUUUGUAAUGAGGAAGCGGGUGUUUAUAUUAUACAAACAAAAGUUCAUUGUUGGACCACAAGACGUGCCAGAAGCAAAAAAAGAUGAGCCACACCCAGGAUGA